GGUUUUUUUUUAGGAGGAGUAGGCAGAACAGCAGGGCGGAAGCAAAGCAGAACAAGGGGAAGAGUUUAAGAAAGACAGUGGGAGGUUAAAAAAAAAAGACUGAGCUUAAAAAAGACAGAAACGGUCUUUUGCUGGUUGCUUAUGAACAGAUAGUACCUUAAGUCACGCUGGCUGCGUGUGUGUUUCCAUGGUGAUGUCUGGAGGGCAGACCAGCGGAGAGGCUGCUGGUGCCAGGCAGCGACGCAGGACCAGCCCGAGCCUGGAGAGAGAAGACCUGCAGGGACUUUCCUCACCACCAGCUGCCCACAAACUCUCCCUCAUGUACCCUAAGGAGGAGAACAGCACAGGAGCCAUCAGUUCCUCUGUCAACUAUCUUGAUGGAGCCUAUGAGUUUCCAAACCCCACGCAGACCUACGGCACCUCGUCACCCGCCGAGCCCGCCUCGGUCGGAUACUACCCGGCUCCCCCGGACCCCCACGCGCCCCCUGUUGAAGAACCUUUGCAGUCGUUAGGCACCGAAUCCAGCAGCCCUCUCAUGUUUGCACCCUCCAGCCCUCAGCUGUCCCCGUACCUGAGCCAUCAUGGAGGACACCACUCGUCCCACCAGGUGUCCUACUAUCUGGACACCCCUUCAAGCACCGUAUACAGAAUUGUUUUUCCUAAAGGACAUAUCGAGUGCUCUCUGACUAAGUCCAGUGUGGUAUCUUCUCAGCCAGGAGGUGUUGGUUUGUGUGAGGAGCUGUGCAGUGCCACUGACAGGCAGGAGUUGUACUCCGGAUCAAGAGCCACAGGAGUGUUUGAUUCAGAGAAGGAGACGCGAUUCUGUGCGGUGUGCAGUGACUAUGCUUCUGGCUAUCAUUAUGGAGUCUGGUCCUGUGAGGGAUGCAAAGCUUUCUUCAAGAGAAGCAUUCAAGGUCACAAUGACUAUGUUUGCCCGGCAACCAACCAGUGCACUAUUGACAGAAACCGCAGGAAGAGCUGUCAAGCAUGCAGACUACGCAAGUGUUAUGAAGUCGGCAUGAUGAAAGGAGGUAUCCGUAAGGACCGCGGAGGCCGCACUAUCAGGCGUGAGAGGAGAAGGAGCUGUAAUGAAGAUCGUUUUAAGAGCUACAGUGAGCCUUCAAGCCGCGCCGGUCUGAGAACAGCUCCCCUGCAGGACAAGAGGAAGAAGAGCAGCGGCGGUGUGGUCAGCGCUUUAUGCAUGCCUCCUGACCAGGUGCUGGUGUUGCUUCUGGGGGCAGAGCCGCCGGCCGUCUGCUCACGACAGAAACACAGCCGCCCGUACACCGAGAUCACCAUGAUGUCCUUGCUCACAAACAUGGCUGACAAAGAACUCGUCCACAUGAUUGCCUGGGCUAAGAAAGUACCAGGCUUCCAGGAUCUUUCUCUGCACGACCAGGUUCAGUUGUUGGAGAGCUCUUGGCUGGAGGUGUUGAUGAUCGGCCUCAUAUGGAGGUCUAUUCAUUCACCUGGAAAACUCAUUUUUGCUCAGGAUCUCAUCCUUGAUAGGAGUGAAGGAGAAUGUGUCGAGGGCAUGCCUGAGAUUUUCGACAUGCUCUUGGCGACUGUGACACGCUUUCGUAGCCUCAAACUCAAGCUGGAGGAAUUCGUAUGUCUCAAAGCCAUCAUACUUCUCAAUUCUGGUGCGUUUUCAUUCUGCUCCAGUCCAGUGGAGCCCCUGAUGGACAGCUUCAUGGUGCAGUGCAUGCUGGACAACAUCACUGAUGCCCUCAUUUACUGCAUCAGUAAAUCGGGUGCCUCGCUACAGCUGCAGUCCCGCCGUCAGGCUCAGCUCCUUCUGCUGCUCUCACACAUCAGACACAUGAGCAUGUUACAUUUGCUUUCCUUUUUUGAAAGCAACAAAGGAAUGGAGCACUUGUACCGAAUGAAAUGUAAGAAUCGAGUCCCGCUGUAUGACCUUUUGCUGGAGAUGCUGGACGCCCAGCGAUUCCAUUCUUCAGGAAAGGUGCAGCGACCGUGGGCACAGAGUGAGAAAGACCCCCGGUCUACACCCACAACCAGCAGCAGCAGCCCCUCCAGAGGUCCUGGAGCCAUUCAGCCCAACACUGCCUGUCACGGCCAGAGUCCAGACCCCUGAUCCAUGUACAAUCCAACAACUGAAGAAUGUGAAGACUGUGAACCAGUCAGUGCUGUCUAAUUGGAAUUGAAGUCUCUCCUUGUGCCUUAUCACAGUCCACUUUAGAUUAAGAAAUUAACACAUUUAAAAAGUAAAAAGAUACUUGUAGAAACCAUAGACUGUAAAAAAAUAUGGACGUAGUGUCCGUGACAUCACCCGUAGGUUUCUGAAGAGCAUUUCUGAACCUCUUAGUGGGCGGGAGUUGGCCGUCGGCAUCUUGGAAUCGCACGUCACUCCCGGAUAAUCGAAAAUAGGCAAAGAGGUGGGAUGUGGGUGGAGCUGGUUGCUGAAACCACGCCUGCCUAGCGCGAUGGUGGUGA